AUGCAUCCGAAGCGAUCCAGCACGCGCCUUGGUGGAAGUUUUCACUUUCGGCAAUGGAACGAGGACGACGACCAGCAGGACUGGUGGUUUGCAAGUACGGCCAUACCCCUUCUGGCAGCCACCAUCGGUCCCCUCGCAAGUGUGUUCUCACUGGCAGCGUUAAUCACUUCGUGGCGAAUGUGUCUGGUCAGUACCGCCACCAGCGCCACUGCAGCAGCCAUUUGCUCCUGGGACGGCGACACGACUUUGCUCGUCACACAGCUGCAAGGACACGACUUUGCUGAUCCGACAUGGUGCUAUACUCUCAACCUCGUCUCGCUCAUUGUGGGCUUCAUUGGGAACUUUUUCUUACUCUGCAACUUUACCAACCGCAUCCGAUACGUGAUUGCCUUGCCGGUGACCAUGCUGUGCUGGUAUGGUGCUGCCGGAAUUCUGUGCGGCAUCACCUGGAGCAUGCAAAUCUACGUUCCGCCACUGCGACCGCAGCAAACCUACACUCAAGGAUUCUGGUAUGGAGUUUUGGCUGCCUGUAUGUACCUGGGCUGCGCCACGAUUCUGAUGGUCAACAUGCUCGGCUUUGCGCUCGGUCAUUACCCACAGCACUUUACCUUGACCGACAGCCAGAGGACCCUCAUCUUGCAGACCAUGUUGUUCUUCUUGUGGCUGGCAGCUGGCGGCGGCAUCUUCACAGCCGUGGAGCGCAGAUAUGGUGAUUACGACGAGGGCAACUUUCCAUGGAGUUUUGUCAAUUCCCUGUACUUUUCGGAUGUCACCAUCCUCACUGUGGGCUUCGGCGACCUGUAUCCGAGCAGUGAUGUUGGCAGAGGUCUAGUCUUCCCGUACUCGGUAGGCGGAAUUGUCAUGCUUGGUCUCAUGGUGAGCUCCAUUGCAGGGUUCGCGAGAGAGCUGAGCUCAGAGAAGGUAGUCAAGCGACACGUUGAGAAGACGCGGGCGAGGACAAUGGACAGAACCGUGACAUCGUCUCUUGAGCUUGAGCGCAAGCAGAUGCCUCCCGGAGACGGUCGACUCAUUUCCACACCGGCAUUUUGUCAUGCCGAGGAGGACAAGUCGAAAGAAAAAGAAGAAGAAGAAGAGCAGCGAACGAUCAACUUUCCUGACGACGUAGAUCAUCCUCCUUCAGGGCGAGGCCCCCUUUCUUGGACAGGCACUUAUAUAGGUAGCCUCAGGAGAGCCGCCGGUAGUACAUGGGCUUUGCCCCCACAACGUCUCGCUCCUCGAAAACCAAAGCUUCUGCUGCUCCGGGAAGAAAAAGACCGCUUCGAGUUGAUGCGACGGAUUCAGAAAUCGACAUCACGAUUCAAAAGAUGGUACGCCUUGCUCCUCUCCGUCGCAGCGUUCGGCGUGCUGUGGUGCGGAGGGGGUGUCGUGUUUUGGCAAGCGGAGAAGAACACGGAGAACGAAAUGACCUACUACAAAGCGCUGUACUUUGCCUAUGUUUCCCUUUUAACCAUUGGCUAUGGUGACUUGUCACCCAAGAGCAAUGCAGGCAGACCCUUUUUCGUCUUCUGGAGCUUGCUCGCCGUACCUACCAUGACCAUCUUAGUCAGUGAUCUUGGCGAUACCGUGGUGAAGAAGUUCAAAAACGGCACUUCUGGCGUUGCAGACUUCACCGUUCUGCCUCAAAAGGGUGUCUGGCGGGCUAUUCUAAACAGACAACCAUGGCUGUUGAAAACAUUGCAAAGUCGGAAAGCUGGAAAAGAAAUGCGAAGAAAAGAAGAAGAAGGACUGCCAUAUGGACCUGAGCCUGAUGCAGAAGUGGCCACCAAUCCUACUACUACGACCAUUGAUCAACUGGCCGUGGAACAGACGACUGAUGCUCAACUCGCUGCAGAGCUGCCGAAAGCAAUCAAGCGCGUUGCUCGGCAUGUCACGAAUCGUGAAAAGAGCAGAUAUUCAUACGAAGAGUGGGUGGAGUUUACACGCCUCAUCCGAUUCACCGUAGACAAGCGUCAGGAUGAUGAGCAGGAAGAUCAGAGAGGUAUGGUGGAGUGGGACUGGAUAGGGGAAGACAGUCCGAUGAUGGCGAACACGAGCGAAGCAGAGUUUGUGCUGGAUCGACUAUGUGAAAGUCUCAGUCGCUAUGUGCGCAGGAUGGAGAAGACUCUGGCAAGUGCUGGUGAUGGCAACAAGGUUGCUGUCGACGCAGGGAAUGACUUGUCGGGCGGAUCAGAACACUUAUCACAAACGCUUGGUGAAUGAAGAGUAUCAAAAUUCCGGGGCUGGUCAUUGCUGUGGCAUGUUCUCAAGGUACAUGUAGCUUCUGUCGUCGCCAUUACACAGACGAGUGCCUCCGCCUGAAUUCGCGACUGGAUUUAAGCUGGAUAUCAGAGGGUCACGCACACACAUGCACUUUACUGACUUCUACAUUUCUUAUCUAUACCAUGUUGCCCCUCCUUUGGUCAAAGUUCAACCUUCCUUCAUUGGCAAAGAGCUCGCCCGCCUCUCGGCAGAAUCUGGCUUCACCACGUCCACCAGCGGUUUCGCUGGCCCAGCAAAUCAUCGAGGCGUCAAUGACACCACCGACGAUGUUCUCUAUGCAACCUAGCACGGCGAAGCCGAUAGUUCCGGCAAUCAUACCGACAAUGUAUGCGUACAAGCUGCCUCGCAGGCCCGAUGCUGCACCUUGUAUUUGAAUGCUAUGCGCGGCGCGCACCCACCCGCCAAAGCCGAGUGCAAAGGACAUGAUCCAUCGGGUCGCUUGCAAGAGCAGUUUUGCCAGGCGAUAUGGCAUAAGCGCACUGCCCGACUGUGCAGGAUUGAAGUUGCGAGGGCCUAGUGUAUUGCUUGGGUUUGUACGAGAGACAAAAUUCAGCUGAUUGAGUCCUCGCGCGGAGAUUCCCAGUGGUUGACUAUGGAUAGCAGCAUAUGUGAGGGUGAGAGGAUUCGUCAACGUUGCCAGAGUACUUGGCAUGAUCCAGUAUGCCGCCAUAUUGAGCAGUCCAGAUAGACGGCCGGGAAGGACAAUCAGCGGAAGACGCACUAAGAGGCUGAGAAACGUGCUCAGACAGGUCGUACCGAACAGCGCGCCUGUAGCAUGCAGGAAGCUAGCCUUGACGACUUCUUGGCUCGUUGGUUGAGGGACUGCCCGGCGAUGGAAGUACCACUGGCUCACCACAGCAGCAGUUGUGGCUCUUUGCAGGCCAGCAAUGACACCAAGCGUCCACAGAUAUUGUAAGAUAAAGUAUGCUCCCAGCCACCAGCUGUUGGCAUUGAUGAUCCACUUUUUUGCGCCCGCGAAGUGUCCAGAUAGGAAGAUGCGCUCAAACAUCAACAUCCAGGUCCACGAGAACGUGACAACGACGGAAAGCGCAGCGAAGCCUAAGACGAUCAAGUAGGGGCUCGCUGCCAGAAUUUUGGUUGAAAACUCCAGAACCUGGAUUGAGCUGUGAAGACUGUGGCGAUUUUUGAUGACGCUCCAUGUCCAGAAGAAGGCCAUGAAUGCCGGGACGAAAGAACCCCAUCGCAUCGCCUUAUCCUGCAACGAGUUGCCGUGCCAAGCGCCUUUGAAACUGCUGAUAAAAGGAUAUAGCGAGAACGAGAAUAGCACGACGGGAACGGCCACGAUCAUGAUGUAUACUAGUGGCCGGACAUGAUUCCGCAGUAAUGACAGCCACAACAGUGCCACCACAACGGCGAUUAGUGUAUCCCACACGAGCAUGCUCGUGCUGCCCUUGAGAGCAGUGUAAAUGGUGUCGCCGAGCGAGCUCUUCGGUGUCGAGGUCUGAAACCAUAUCAAAAUAAACACGGCAAACAUGGUGCAUAAUGAAAUCUGAAAGAGGUUGGCCCAGAAAGCAUCGUGUUUGGGAGGCUCUUGCGCGGGUAAGACGACGGUUGGCGGUACACUUUCGCGGUCGGGCGACAUGGGUCGCGGAUCCAGGUGUUGCGUAUCAUCUAGCUCCGCUUCGAGAGGCAAGUAUGAACUCAGUACGCUCGGUUUCGUGGCCGGCCUGAAUGUUCUGACGGGAGCAGGCGGUUCGUCCAGGUCUAUCGAGGGCGAGAGAUUCGCUAGUGACUCAGGCGGCUCCUCGUCAAUGGUACUGUUGAGAUUCACAUCCACCAUCCUUCCUUUUCCUUUGCCACUCAUAUCUGACGCUCUGCUCUCGGCACGCGAAGAAGGUGGGUAUGGAGCGCCUAGCCUUCCUCGAGGCAGGCUUUCUUCUCUAUCGUGGUUCUGUCCUUUCUCCGUCUCCUCUAGCGCCUCCAUGCCAUCAUCGUCCAUCUCCGAGCUCUCAGUGAGGUUACUGGGACCAAAGUGCUGCCUACUCCGCUGCAGAGCAUACGAGUCAGCCACUUCCCGCUGAUACUCGUGGCCCUCGUCUUCGGCCUGUCCCUCGGCUGCACUAUAGAACAAUGGGGCCUGCGAUGGCUCUUGCCGCGAAAAUGGGGCAAAGGGAAAGCGUGAUUGUGACGAAGUCGGAUUGUGGUGUGUGAGGUUCAUGCCCGGGCGUUGCACGUAUCGCGAGUGGGAAGCAGGAGCACGCCGACGAUCGAGUGGGUUGCGCGAUCGACUUCUCGCAUCUUCUUGCUGUGCGAAUGGUAGUUGGGCGUUGGACUGCUGUAGGAAGCGAGAUGCGUAUUCGGAGAACAUGAUGGCAGCGACGGCUCAGUCAGGUCGGGUUGUGAAGUGGCGAGCAGGUGUGGUGGUGGUGGUGGUGGUGAGUAGCAGAGGACGGGAUCGUUCUGCAGCUUCACCAGAGUUGCACCGUCAAGCUGCCAGGCCAGGCCAGCCCAAGGCGAGUAGUCGUUUCCAAUCGCCGAAUGCGGCAGCGGGUGGUGGUGAUGUUGUGUUGAUAGCUAAUGUGAGGGUAGGUAGUGGAGUGGAGUGUACGAUGGUAGAUUAGGUAGGUAGGUGGUAGGUGGUAAGGUUACCUAGGAGUGUAGAGAAGGUAGUUGUAGGUAGGGUAGGGCAAGUGAUGCUGAGUGCGUGCA